AUGGACGGAGAGGAUGAGAGUGGAGGGCUUUUCAAUAUUGAGUUCGACUCCGAAGACGAAAAGGCUGCUGCUGAGCAAGAGAAGAAAGUUCCGCGGGACUUCCAGUCAGAAGAAGAUUUUCAAAAGCAGGCGAAGGAAUGGCGGCCGAAGCUUGAGACGGGUAAGAUCCACAAAGCACUCUCUCUGCCAAUAAGCAAUCCUUCAAAACCAGUCUCGCAAACAAUCCUUCAUGCUAUUGAGGAGUUGUAUUUCUAUAGACAAUAUGAUGAGGCAAGGACAACCACUAUGAGGGCGUUGAAGGCCGAAGGUCUCAUUCCCGAGUUUAGGAAGACAUUGGAAGGUUAUCUGGAGAGGUGUGAGACGAAGCUGGCGGUAGGAAAGAAAGAUGAAGGAAAGACUUCUAGCUGA